UUAUAAAGUCGUUAUCUUACCGAUAACUCAGUUUUGUGUUUGCACGGAACACACGCCGUUUUAGAGAACCUUUUGUGGUUAUCAAUAUAGUGUCUUUGUAAAAUAUCUCCUCCAGACAACUUAUUAAUUCAGUUUGCACAAAACAGAGAGGUUUCGCUAAAACAGCUGUAAUUUGAAUAUUUCUUUGAGCUUAUUCGCGCUCAUCAUAUUUAUAUUAUUUAUAUUCUCCGUAGUCUUUAAUAUAUUUAUUUAUGUUUUGAUCAUCGGAAAAAAAAUAUACUAUUAGAUUAAAAUGUCGGUUUGCACCGCAGCUGAAAUUGCUGAAAAGCGACGUAUUGCAUUAGAGAAGUUAGCAGCUAAAAAGCAACGUUUGGCUAACGCCUCAUCAACUGCAACAAAAAUCACAUCUCCAGUGCAACAGCAACUUACAGCUACAGGUGACAUAUCAACAAAUAGCUUCUUCAAGCAGCAAAAUCACACACAAACACAAAGUGCUACAAAUGCAAACCCACCGCAAAAUUCUAGCGCAAAGCCCACCGCGGCAGCUAUAAAUUUUCUAAAUGAUUUAAAGCGUAGUAACAUUGGAAAGUAUGUAAAUAAAGCACGCAAUUCAGCACAACCUUACCCCCGAAGCCCAUUUAAUCACAAGCAAAAUGAUGCUGCAACGCAUUCUGCUAACAAUUCGAAUCAACAAAACCUAGCACCUAUAUUCGUUGUCAAAGUUAGCUGUAAGGUAUAUAUGAUAAGUAAUACACGCUUUGUGGCACAGCCUUCAUGUUUCCAUGCUAAACUUAUAGAUGUUUUUAAAACUAUACCGUCAAGAUCAUAUGAUAAUUCAAAAUGUCUUUGGAGUUUUGGACUACAAGAUUAUGAACUGCUGCAAGAACGCGUCGGUGGUAUGAAGCCAGACAUAAGCAUUGGCAUAAUACCAAAAAGUGUUAUUACAGUAUGCCGCACGCCGCCUGUAGAUAUCGAACGAUCAUGUUUAUCCUCGAUCGAACCAAAAUUAGCAGAGAAAUUAUUACCUUUCCAGCAAGAAGGAGUUUGUUUUGCUAUUGCACAUCACGGCCGUCUUAUGAUUUGUGAUGAAAUGGGUCUGGGCAAAACGUAUCAAGCGCUGGCCGUAGCAGACUUCUAUAAAGAAUCGUGGCCUUUGUUGAUUUGUACCACCGCUUCUGUUCGUGAGUCCUGGAUCAAUCACGUACGCGAUCUGCUACCCAGCAUACCUGUCCACUACAUACAAACGCUGCUAAGUAAUCAGCAAUAUUUCCAUGAUGCCAAAGUUCUUAUCACCAGUUAUAAUAUGAUGGAUAGGCAUGUUGAUAGGUUAUUGGAGCAUAAAUUUGGUUUUGUAAUAUUCGAUGAAUCUCAUACUUUAAAAAAUGCCAAAACAAAAUGCGCAAUGGUUGCGGAACGCUUAACACAAAAUGCACGACAUGUAAUAUUGCUGUCUGGCACACCAGCACUAUCGCGGCCUUUAGAAUUAUUCACACAAAUUCAUCUCAUCGAUCGUAAAUUUAUGACAUUUAGAGAAUAUACUACUCGUUACUGUGAUGGCAAGCAAACGAAUUUUGGCUGGGAUGCGACUGGUCAGUCGAAUCUGGAAGAGCUAAAUGUUGUGCUAAAAGAAAAAUUUAUGAUAAGACGCACUAAGGAGGCUGUACUGCCACAAUUGGCGGAAAAGAAUCGCGAAACCGUUGUGCUAGACCCAGCACUUUUGUCGACCAAUACUGACACGAAGCAAAACCUAGAAACGCUUAGCAGAGAUUUCUCCACAAGCAAGGGACGCGAACGCGAAGAUAUACUUCUAAGAUUCUAUUCAACGACAGCUGAGGUUAAAGCGCGUGCUGUGUGCGCUUACCUAAAAAACUUGGUGAAAGACAAAAUAAAAUUCAUUGUCUUUGCACAUCAUCGCAUCAUGAUGGACGCCAUAACCGAUUGCUUGUGCAGAUUAAAUGUGAAUUUUGUACGCAUUGAUGGCUCUACCAAGAAUGAGGCGCGAGGGGAAUAUAUUGACAAAUUUCAAACAAAAUCGUCGUGCCAAGUUGCUGUGCUCUCAUUGCGCGCUUGUAAUGCAGGCAUCACGCUAACGGCUGCAGAGAUGAUUGUGUUCGCCGAAUUGGACUGGAAUCCAAGUACCUUGGCGCAGGCGGAGAGUCGCGCACAUCGCAUCGGCCAAAAUAAAGCGAUCAUAUGCCGUUACUUAAUGGCACCUAAAACAGCCGAUGAUGUCAUAUGGAAUAUGUUGAAAAGCAAGCAGGAUGUUUUGAACCGUGCAGGUCUGUUCUGUGAAAACUUGCAGGAUGCCACGCACACCGCAGCACCUACCGGGUCACAUAAAAUCGAAAGCUACUUUUCGCCAAUCAAAAAGAAUGACUCAUUUAAAUCAAGCGCGGAGCCUAACGCUGUUGACAUUGAACCACAACCAGCCGCUAGUUCUGCGCUCGAUGCCGUGAAAAAGUUAGACUUGAACCGAGAAUUGGAGAAUAUCGAUGAAUUAUUUAUGGAUGACGAUGACGAUGCGUUCAAGGAUCUGUUGUUUUGAUUUUUGUUGGAGUUUUUUUUUUUUUCAAGUGUCUAAAGCAAUGUUUGUGAAGUAAUAAGCAGCGCAUGAGUCUGUGAAUUGUUAUAGUUGGCUAUAUUAUUUUUUACUAUUAUACGCUAGCUUGUGCCACUAAUAAAUUUACAAAGUUUGUACCAUUUAAUAAUUAUAAACAAUGAAUUUUUUCUGUAAAUAAGCAAAAAAAUUUAUUAUUUUUUAACUUGUUCAAUUAUUUCGUAUUAUUCUUUUUGUUUAACGAUUUUUUUUUAAAUUUAAAAACAAAAUUUUUUUAAAUUAAAAUUAAAAUUUUUUUUUUUUAAUAUUUUUUUUUGUUUUUUUUUUUAAUAUUUUUUUUUUCAUUU